AGACUACAGGUUGAAGUUGGUCUCCUUUCUUCCAAAUAUGCUUUCCCUUCCCCUUUCUCAACAAUUUCCCUAAAAACAUUUCAUUCUCUCCUUCUCCAACAUCGACUCAAAAUAAGCUUAAUUUUUGAGAAUUAGAACGUAGACGUAGGUACGUAAUACAACCAUCUUUAUCAAAUACAAAAUAAGUCUUUUUCAUUUUCGCAUUAUCGAGAACAAUAAAAGAUGCCUGCUUCGACAAGAUCUUCUGGUGCGCCGCUGCUGGCUGCGGCAGACGAUGACGCUCAAGACCGUGGCUCUCGUGCCCGAUCUGUAGUACAAGAACAGCAACGCCAAGAAGAGCUAGAAACUGCACAUGAACGCUUGACCAACGUUGACCGUGUUUUAGCUCAUGAAGUUGCCACUCGCAGAACGACUUCUAUGGUUUCUGCCGAUGGUGCUGGAACAUCAAACCGUGCCUCGUCUAAAAGAGUUGGUGGUCCAAGCACCACUAGGAGUACAACAGCAUCUGCCGUUGCCACCAAAAAAGAACAAGAAGAGCUUGCGGCACAGUUUUUCGAUGAAUUUCAUGGCGAAGAAACCAGCGAGCAGCGCCUAGAACGCUAUAAGAAGAAGUUUGCCCCUAUUGACGUCAAGUAUUCGAAAGCCUAUUUCCUAUACAACUUGCGGUUUUGGGAAUUGUGGAAACCGCAGAACCGACACCACCGCAUCUUCGCUUGGGUGGCUCUGCUUUUCUUCGUUUUGGGACUGAUACUCGCUAUUUCGGACUCUCUGAGAUACGAAUAUGCCUACUGGUGUUUUGGGGAUGUCUCGCAUGGUCUGCUGUUUUUGAUUCUUGGUUCGUGUUGGUUUCUCAUCACCGUAGUGGAGCGUCCAAUUCUGGGAUAUUCGGAUUACGAUUUGCUCAGCAUGGGCUAUGAAGUUAUGACAGCACGUGGACGGGCUGAAGUGGCAUUAUACCGUUCGUGGGGAGGUUUGGAACGCUGUUGCUUCAUUUUCUGGACCUGUGGACAGACCAAACGCUACCAAGGCGCUCCAUUAGGGGAUAAAAAGAGUCAAGCUAUUCGCCAGACAGUCAUUGCACAGGCAGAAAAUCGCGCAGUUCUAGGAGCGCCGAUUCCAGUGGAGCCAGUAGAAACGGCGAAACAGAAGUCAUCUACGAAAUCCGCUACCGUGAAAAGUAGCGUUAGAAGCACAAAUCUUGAUGAUCACAAGGAUGAGGAACAGCAAGAGCUUUACAAGUCACGGCAACUACGUAAGCGUACAAGUGCUGCCGAAGUUGACGAAUAUGUAUAUGAUCACACCGAAAAACAAGAGCAGAUCAUUUCAUAUGCAGGAGCAAGGGGUGCUGCUGCAGAAGAUGUCGCUACUGUCAUCAAGGACGAAGAAAAACAGCAAGAACAAGAGCCUCAGCAGGUUGAUGAAGAAGUGGUAGAAGAUGCCCAACCUCAGGAAGACGAAGAAUCUGAAACUGCUACAGUGGAGCAAGAUGAAGAGCAGCAGUUGCAAGAGCCCUUGAUCAUUACUGACCGCCAAAAUAAAUCGUCAAUCGGGGCUCCCAAGAAGGUCUCCUUUUACGAUAAACCGAUGCCUCAAACUGACACUGUCGAAACAACGAAAGAGGAAUUGCCAACAGGUUUACACGCACAAGGAGACUCUGUAGAGUCUGCAAAGCAGGGUGAUUACGAUGUGGGUUCGUCUUUGAAGCCGGAAGAAAAAGAAACAAAGGAGAAAGCUGGCAUGUCGUUUAGGAAGCACGAGUUUGAUGAUGCGGCGAUGAGAAUGAGAGGUCUAGGAGGGAAGCGAGACGUUGCACCAGUCCAGCAGGUGGCGUUUCAAAAGUAUGACUUUGAUGACUCUGCGAUGAAAAUGCGCGGCUUGAAAGCGAAGAAAGACGUCGCGCCGGUUCAGACACAGGAGUUAUUCGCCGCGCAACGCCACGACUUUGAUGAUUCCGCGAUGAAAAUGCGCGGUCUGGGAGCCAAAAAGGACGCUACACCGGUCGACCAAAAGGCGUUCGCUGCAGAGCGGCACGAGUUUGAUGACGCGGCAAUGAAAAUGCGAGGUCUGGGAGCGAAGAAGGACGUGACACCGGUCGACCAGCAGUCAUUUCCUGCAGAACGGCAUGAGUUUGAUGACUCGGCGAUGAAAAUGCGAGGUCUGAAAGUCAAGGACGAUGACGCGGCAGAAGUUCCAGAUUUCGCUGCCGCUAGAAGUAUGUUCGCUAGCAUGAGUUCCACUUCCAGUUCGCGUCGUGACGCUCCUUCUUCUUUCAACUCGUCGUCUAAGCACAAAGCUACACCGCGUCGCGGCGCUGGUGGUGCGGCCUUGCAAGGUCUCUUUGGGACAGGAGAAGGCGAGGCUGAUGCAGAUGGUAUCCUUGAAGGCUCUGAUGGUGCCUCUUCACAAGAAGAUCAAAACGUCACUGACCUGCAAGAUUGGCGCGCGGUUAUCAAACACGAGAAGAAAGAGAUCGAACGAGAAAUGGCAGCAUCAACACCUGCUCCUGAUGCUAGUACUACAUUCUUGAAGUCCAACAAGAAAAACGACGACGACGACGACGAAGAUGGUGACAACUACUCUCAACAGAACCAAAUAAAUUGCUGUUGUCCUUGCUUUGUCUUUGGCGCUUACCAAGGACAGGAACCUGAUCGUACUGACAUCUUCGCAAGGGAUCGCUGCUGCCUCUUUCGCGCCUGCUGUCCGGUCUGCAGCUGCUUAUCGUGGCUGUGGGGCUUGCCCAAGAUCAUCGUCAUUUUCUACUCUGUCUGGCUUAUUUCGGUUGUACUGGUGUCUCUCAUCGUCAACGGUCAUUUGCACAACUCUAAGCCGGACCGGACUGGCGAACUACUCAAACUUUUCGAGACUACCCCGAUCGGCACAGAUUUUCUGUCGCAAAACUACGUUACUCCAUCAGGACAGAUCUUUGACAAGCGCUACUACGAACAGGUGCCUUAUGCCACUAAUCUGCCUGAUUUCGAGUUCGAAAUCGACCCGACACUAGAUGCCAUUGUGCUGCCUUACAACGCUGCUCCUGCUUCUCCGGCUCUCGUCUUGCCUCGUGGAGGAACCUCUGGAGGAACUUCUACGCAACAACAACAGCUACAAGAACUACAACAUCAAAGUGGUCAAAGAGCUUUUGCAGCUAGCUCUUUCGUUUCGACAGGUGGAAAGCUUGAAGAUGAAAACGGAGACUAUAAUGGCUAUGCAUCUUCUAUGUUCGCUGCUGGCGCGCGAAGGAACUACAACUAUAUCAUGAAUCUUCUUGAGGACAGUGAGGAAGAUGAACAACACGUAGAUAACUUUCACUCGUUUCAAGCCGUGGAAGUGGAUGAUCAGGGUACCAUAGAAAUAGAAUCUUCUACUUCUUCUACACUGCAAUUAGCAUCCACAACAGAAGGGAAGAUUCCAUCUCAGACCACUGUUUCUCUCCAAGAACAAGGUCUAUUGAAGAAGCGGCUGUUGCAAGCACAAUCUCAACGACUACCUCUUCUUCAGUUUCAGGAAGCCCAUGCUCACGACCAGAACCACAAAGAGGUUCAGUUGGAUGAGAGCACGCCAGUUUCGUCCUUCCUUCUCAAAUCGCGUCAGAUGAAGAACAAACUACAGAUCAAUCAGAUGGGUGAUUUCAAUGCAAUUUCUGAAGAAAUGGGCUUGUCGGACGACCUGGAACAAGAUGACCGACGUGGUGACCGUGAUGAUGAUAGCACGGACUACAUCAAUGGCAACUACAUUGCCUCGUCCAAAAAUGUUGAAGCUGCUGAACAAGGUACGUCCCCCAGCUUCACAAGUAGUUUGCUGCAAGAACAACAAAAACCCCAAAAUGAUCAAGAACAAGUUCCUCGCGGGGAACACUCAACAACGCAACGCUUUCUUGAACAAGAAGCGCAAGCUCACGCAGAAGCAGGAGGUGCAGUUGCGCAACAAGGUCAACAGGGACAACAAGUCGGUGCUGGUGCUGGAGGUGCUUCUCCUGCCACUUUUCCACCUGCCGCGGGGGCAACGGGUCGUGGAUCUCUACCUGCGUCUACCGCUGUCGUGGCUGGAGGUGCAACGGGAUCUGGAUCUGCUGGCGCUUCUUCUACUCUCGCUGUGGUAUCAUCUGCGAAAGCAUCAAAGGCGCACGACGCGAAAGCUACGUCAACGUCAUCAACUGCGUCUUCGAAAAAGAAGGUCAUCAAGGUUCCAAUGGUGUUUCGUCUCAAAGCUGCGCCACCGAAAGAGCGCAAACAGGAUGGACCACGCGAUAGUACAUAUGCAGAGAAGUAUGCGAACAAGUACACGCCAGAAUGGCUCGACUAUGUGCACCGAAAGAACAACUGGAUUCCGAGAAAGAUUUUCCUCUACUGGCAACAAGGGUGGACCAGUUACAACGCCAUCGCAAAGGCUGAGCAAGAUCACGGACCUGAAGCAGCUAUGAAGAUGGCCUUGGACGACGGGGGGUCUUGGUUGACUGAGUUGUGCGCGCAGAACAUGAUGCGUCAAAACGGUCCUGGCUGGAAAUUGAACCGUAUCGACAAAAAGUGGGUCGAGGAAACGGCUGGAUUCAGCAAGGACGAAAUCGGUUUGACCGAAGAUCCAGACCAUGCCUUGGAAACCGUGAGUGACGAGGUAGUUGCCGUGGAUCCAAAGACGAGGUUGGCAGUUGUGCGAAAGUUUGGUGGGGUGUAUGUGGACGCAACGACGAUCUUCACUAGAGUUCCUCGUUUCGAGGACAAACUGUUGUCCAAUGUGGCGCCGUUGGACUUAGAAAAGGCUGACGUGGAAGCCGACAAGGCCUUCGCGCGAUUGGCUAUGCGAAGAGUUGAACGGGAAAUCGCUGCAAAGAUUCAAGGUGUUGAAAAUUGUGGAGCAGGAGGUUCUGGUGGAGGUGGAGGUUCUACUUCGUGUGGUACGUUACAGACCUGGUCCUCUGAGACCUCCUCGAGCAAAAAGUCCUCCAAGAAGUCCUCCAAGAAGUCAGCUGGAGAAGAGACAAACUGGUGGAAACCUGAUUACAUUCUGCCGGGGAGUUCUCGGGUUGGCCUCAUCUGGAAUCCAGAGGAUACUAUCCUAACCACGCGUCCUUGGAUCGUCAUGCAUGAAAACUGGUUUGUUGCUGCGCCACCACAAAACCUUUAUGUCACCAUGUGGAACAGCGAGCUGCACUAUGCUUGGCUCCAGGGCAAAGGAGUCCAACCUCGCGCACUGACUGCCCGCGAACAAUACCGAAAGGAGCGCUUGGUGAAGUACGGCACUGACAGCAGUCGCAUUGGCGCAAGAAACCCCUCAGCAGGACGAGAUAUGGAAGAGCUCCGACUUGCCAACCUAGUUUCUCAAUUUCUGAUGGAGAUGCGUGGUGCAAGGAAUGCAUAUACUGACCGCUUCUUCCAGAUGUUCCACAGCAGUCAAGAUUUCGUACGUUACCGUUGGGGUGGGCAUGUGGUUACACAAGAAGCUUUCACGGAUGCGAUGCUAAGUACUUCUAUCAUCUUCACUUUUUUUGAUUCUCGGAGCUUUUUUAGUGGUUUCGAUUUAUGAGUUUUUCAAAAUCAGACCUGGUACAGAAGUUGUUUUCGAUUUUGUCGUGCAGCUUCACCUACUUAGUUGAUGUUUUACUUUUGGAUUUUUUUAUCACACCACUUGCUAAAAAUCUUCUAUCUAAUAUCUUCUCGCUACAACCCCCUCAUUCAGAUACAGAUCCCACCAGAAAUCUGUGGAUGGGCAUGCCUCGCUGGCCAGAAGUUUUGGCGUUUCCCAACCGUUUCCAUUUUUCGUACUUCUAUGGUCCCAACGUUUCCUUGACCAAGCUGACGGGCAAUUCUCGGACCGCCAUGCUAGACGGCUUGAAACAAGGCAAGGGAAAAAGGUGUGGUAGAUUGUACCAAAUAUUGCUGAAACCUUUACUGUUGGAUCCGAUCUAUGCGAAAUGGGUCAAGCAGGCAGGAACGACUGGAAACGCUGUUACAACAAACAGCGCUUCUACUUCUUCGUCUAGUGACCUCUUUUCGGUUGAAGAACUGCAGUUACGUCGCAGGAUCUUGGAAGGCGUGAUGAAAACGUACUUCCCGGAGGAAAGGGUCAAGGGGAACAAGGCAGAGCAGGAGUGCAGCAAGUAAAUUGUUAGUGAAGACCGUCUAUAAUUCCAUUCAUCAUCAUUGUUGGAUGGAAUGCAUUGGGUAGAUGAGCUAGCUGCACACUACUAGGUGUAGGUAGAAGCGUUUAAGCGGAUGAUGAGCGUUUCCUUCGUAGUUUUUUCUUUUUUUUCUGAAGCAGGUGAACCACCCCGAAUGUGAAGCAAGGUAAAAAUGGUACUUAGACAGAUUCGAACGAUGUUAAAAUGGAAACAAGAGAAAAACAUACACGACAAAGAUCGACGAUCUCCUAAUUGAUUUGAUGUAGUUAUGGGUAAUACAUCAUAACUUACUGAUGGAUAGAAAUACGAGUGAUGUGAUUGUGAAUAAAACAUAAACAUGUAAAUAAAACAUAAAGAACAUGUGAAUAAAACAUAAACAGUCAUCAGCAUUCAGAAUAACGUCAAUCAGCAACAUGAAGGCGAAACAUAUGGAUAUUCACGAUGACGAAAAUCAGUAUACUUAAAAACCAACAACUACAUACUUAAACAUUUAGAAUGGGUACGCAGCUCCAUCGAGGGAGUACAUUGAUGAAGUCAUUGUAGUUAUGAAUGGGUUAUAAAUAUUAAAUCGAGUAAACGUUAACGUGCAACAGGAGAAUUGCUAAUGUUGAGACGAUGUAUCAAUUUAUGUUUUUUUUUUUCAAUGGCACGAUGAGAACUAAGAACUAUGUUGGCAUGCAGCAGGCAGUCGCAGAUAAUGCCAAUGACAGUAAAACUAGGUAGACUAAAAAAAGGGCACGAGGAUACGCAAGCUAAGAACGAGAAUGAUGCUGACGAAGGAAUUCUCAUGCAUAGAGAUAGACAGGUUG